AUGGAUGAGUUGAAUGAAAGGUCCGAAGGUUUUGUGCAACUUGAGGAAGAAGAAGCGGCCAACACAAGGAAAGCAACAAUGGUCGCAGUGGGAGGAAAAACUAAGGUUGAGAUGCUGAUAGCAAAAGGAGAGUUCGCCAACUAUGUCCAAGGUUCGGCAAUGGAGCAAAACCGUCCUACUGAGCAAGAUCCAUUGGUCAUAUGCCUGUUGGUCACGGACUGUUUGGUUCGAAGAGUCCUGGUUGACCCAGGGAGCAGCGUGAACGUCAUAACGAAGGUGGCGUUCGAACGGUUGGGGAUAGAUUCAAAGAAGCUCAAGCCCACAGGGAAUCCGUUGUUAGGGUUUGAUGGAAAACGAGUGGAACCUAAUGGAGUGGUUGAGUUGCCUUUUUUUGCGGCAAAGAGAGAGUUGACGGAGAGCUUUGUUGUCGUGGACGUCCACCCCUCCUACAACCUCUUGAUAGGAAGAGGAUGGAUCCACCGAGUCCAAGGAGUCCCAUCCGCCCUGCAUCAACUUAUGAGGUGCUUGAGUCCGGAUGGGAGCGAAGUUAUUGAUAUUCAUGGCGAUCAAGUCGCAAUGAAGGAGUGUUAUUCUAUGACCCUCAAGGCCAGCGAGAAGGGCAAGGCCGUCGCCCGUCCUAUUGAUCCUUUAAGGCCAGAGAGAACGACAAAAGUAGGGUCUAAGCUCACCAGGGAAGAGAAGCAACUGCUGGUUGAGUUUUUAACAAAGAACGCAAACGUGUUUGCUUGGAGUCAUUUGAAUAUGCCAGGAGUCAGUCCUUCUGUGUCUUGUCACUCCCUCAACGUCUAUCCGAACGUCAGACCUAUAAGGCUAAGACAAAGGAGGUUUGCUCCAGAACGCAAUCAAAUCAUAGCUGAUAAGGUUGACAGAUUGCUGGAAGCAGGAUUCAUCAAGGAGGUUCACUACCCAUCUUGGCUUUCAAAUGUGGUGGUUGUCCAAAAGAAGAACGGGAAAUGGAGAGUUCGUAUUGAUUUCACCAAUCUAAACAAAGCUUGUCUGAAGGAUAGUUUCCCUUUACCAAAAAUUGAUCAAAUGGUGGAUGCAACCACUGGGUACGAACGGUUGACUUUUCUGGAUGCUUAUUCUGGUUACAACUAG